AUGAACAAUCCGCGCGAACAAGUACAAGUCCAUUUCUUUGCAGGCUUCCAUUUUCACGGAACUCGUUCUCUGGUGUAUACAACCUUAUCUCGCAACGCUGAUUUCAACCGCAAACCGAGGAUCGACCCAUCGAUAAGACUCAAAGAGCGUUCAGACGUUCAGGCUCCAAUUAUGCCAGAGACUACCGAUUUCCCUACCACUCGAAGCAACGGUGGCCUUGUGUCCCCCAUCCUUGCCUGGGACAUAUUGGGCGACAUCAUCGAGCAGAUCGACCUCGCAGAUGACAUUCCGACUCUCAAGAACUUCUGCUUGACCUCAUCCGAUGCGCGACGCCUCUCCGCCUCUUGUCUUGUCCGCGAAGUCACCAUUUAUUUCGGCCCGGACACCAAUCCUAAUCACCUUAAUGAACAUGGGUUGCACGACGACAGGAUCCGACCGAGACAGGCCGCCAAUACACCCAAGAAUAUUUUGCCGAACUCGUCGAGUUCCCGCUCUCGAAUGAUCAAUAUAGGCGUUACAUCCGUAAGCUCGCCCUUUGUCGGCUGGAGAGUGAGGGGAGGCUGGGCAGCCCGUUCGACCCCCGCCCGCAAGUUGGCGUCUUCGCACAUCGUCAGUGUUCUGUCGAAGAUGGGGGAUUUGGGGCAUUUGACGAUCUGCAGUGUGCCGUUGUCGAUGUUCAAUCGCAGUGUUACUGUUCGCCUGGCCCACCUCAGGGAGUUCGAGUGCAAUAAUAUCCCGUUCCUCGCCACCCACUGCUCAAGCUUGGAGCUGCACAACUAUGGGAUCGAUGACGGGCUCGGCCGACCACGGACCCAACGCAGCUUUGUGCUUUUACGGACCGUCACGUUCGGUGACUCCUCUAGAGUUCAACAAUGUGAAGACUUGGAUUCAUCUGACACCGUCUACGACGUGCUCCCCAGUUGA